AUAUAUACUAUAAUUAUGAAUUCGUUUAACUGUCCAGGUAUUGAAUUUGUAAUUGGAGGAUUAGCUGCGGUGGGAGCUGGAUUUUUUACGAAUCCAAUUGAUGUAAUAAAAGUACGAUUACAAUUACAAGGAGAGCUUGAAGCACGUCGUACAUACAAAAAAAUAUAUAAGAAUACUCUACAUGCAGGUUAUUUAAUUGCAAAACAUGAAGGUAUAUGUGCUUUACAAGCCGGCAUUAUACCGGCUCUAUAUUUUCAAGUGGUGCUCAAUGGAAUACGGUUAGGUAUAUACAAUACAGCAAAAAAAUAUGAGCUAAUUACUAACGAUUCAGGAAAUACUGAUAUUAUAAAAACUGCAAUGGUAACUGGUACAGCUGGAUGUAUUGGAGCUGUUCUUGGCAGUCCAUUUUAUAUGAUAAAAACACAAUUACAAGCACAAUCAGCACAAUCUAUAGCUGUUGGUUAUCAACAUAAUUAUUUGGGCACUUGGUAUGCAUUCAAAUCUCUAUGGAAAGAAGGUGGAAUAGUUGCUUUGUAUCGUGGCUGGUAUGCUGGUAUACCACGUAUUUUUAUAGGAUCUGCGACACAAUUAACCACUUUUGAUUUAGCUGCAGAUUGGUUGCGCUCAUCACAAGUAUUUACAAAUCAACCAAUAUUGUUAACUUUUUUUGCUUCUGUAAUUGGUGGAAGUUGUGUAGCAUUCACUAUACAACCAUUUGAUGUUUUAGCAACAAGAUUGUACAAUCAACGAAUAGAUGUAGAAGGAAAAGGUACAUUAUAUAAUGGACUUUUGGAUGCAUUUGUUAAAAUAGUACGAACAGAAGGACUGAUUGGCUUAUAUAAAGGAAUUUUUCCUACAUGGAUGAGAAUAGCACCACAUACUGUAUUAUGUUUAGUAUUUUAUGAAAAAUUAGAUCAAUUAUAUUAUAAUAUACUUCAAAAUUAGCAUAUAAUUUAAAUUUUUAUGUAGGAAGAAAAAAUUUUAUAAUUUUUAAACUGUUGUAUAAAGUAUAAUAUAAUAUGAAAAAAUAAAUUAAUUUUUUACACAGGCAGUGAUGAAUUUCACAUUUUAGUGAUACUUAUGUAUACUUAAAAACAUUGGCUCAUUUGUUUGGAUAUUUUAUAACAAUAUCCUGUCAAUUAAACAAAUGUAUAUUCUCUUAGUAAUUAAUUUUUUCAUUAAGCAAAAAAUAUUUUGAUAGUAUUAUCAAAAUAUUAUUUUUAUAAUUAUUUAAACCUGAUAAAAAAAUACAAUAAAAUCAACAUUGUAUAUUAUGUAUAUUAAUAAAUCGAUUAUUUCGUAAUUUAUAGAUAAUAAUGGAUAAGACUAUAGUAAAUUUCCUACUUAAAUUGUAAAAAUAUUUAUAUAGUUAAAUAACUUACUUAUUUAUAUAAAACUUAUAACAAAAAAUUGUAGAUUUAUCUAUUUAUUAAAAAAGAUGUUGAAAUAAAAAAUUUAAAUAUUGAUUUUUUUUUUUAAAUUUAAGUGCCACGUAUAAAAUUUGGUCUGGAAUUAAAUCCUUGACUCAUUGAUGCUGCCACAUCUAUUGUAUUCCUUCCUCUAGUCUCAGGUAAGUAUAUUCUAAAUACAUUAAUAUUGUAUUAUUA